CGGGGAGGGGCCGAGCGGCCCUGAGGGAAGGAGCAGCCGGAGCCGCUGUCCCGCCUGCAUCUGCCCCGCUCUGCCAUGGAGGACGUGCUCCCCUCGGGUCUGCUGGAGAUCUGUCUGCUGGUCGGCGUGCAGAGAGAGCGAGUGAGGGCGGUCGUCCAGGGCACUCAAAGAAAACUGAGAAGUCUUCCUCCUCUUACUCCUGAAGUUCUUUCUGUGUUUGUACCUCCAUUUAUCAGCAGAGAUGAUACUCAGGUGAUCAAUGGGGGAAGUACCUUGAAUAAAAGUAAACGCCGGUCUUUCCGAAAGAAAAAAGAGAGACCAAAGAUUGAAAAUGUCAAGAGCCUCAAUGGGGAGCAGAAAGCACCUGAGAUGGAGGACAUUACAGUUCCAAAGGACAUUGAUCUUAUUGGUUUGCCACAGCUCUGCUUCCCAGGGGGACUUUAUUUAGCUUCUGAAUCCAAAGAGGACCACAUUCAUUUCCUGGUCUUCACAGAUGUCUGUGGUAACAGAACAUAUGGUGUGGUUGCACAGUACUACCAGCCUAUACAAGAUGGCUGUAUUACCUCGAAUGGACAGGCUACUUGGGAAUCUGCACAGACUGGGAAGAUACCUGCCUGUUUUGUACCAUUUGCUAUUUGUGUUAUAUCCAGAUAUCCAUAUUUUAAUGCCCUCAAGGAUUGUGUCUCUUGCCUACUAGUGCAACUGCGACCUUUCAAGGAUUUAGAUGUUGAGGAGCACAUAAAGGAAUUUGCAGCAAAAUUGUUUUUAAUACCCAGCCCACCUCCAGGACCACUCCACUUGGUAUUUAAUAUGAAGCCACUUCAAAUAAUAAUUCCUUCACGAGAGGAUCCAGACAGUCCAAUUAUUGACUUGGAUCUUCAUCUGCCAUUGCUGUGUUUCAAGCCAAAGCAGGUGCUGCAGAUUAUGACCUGCAUUUUGACUGAGCAGAGAAUAGUUUUCUUCUCUUCUGACUGGGCUCUGCUGACACUCAUUGCUGAAUGCUUUAUGUUGUACCUCCACCCUCUCCAGUGGCAACACACUUUUGUGCCCAUCCUGUCACGGCAGAUGCUGGAUUUUGUGAUGGCCCCAACAUCUUUCCUGAUGGGAUGUCACAUUGAUCACUUUGAAGAAGUUAGCAGGGAAGCUGAAGACUUAAUUCUAAUUAAUAUUGAUAAUGGAGAUAUAGCACAUUCAAAAAUGGUUGAAGAGGAACCUGAAAUUCCAGAUGUUCCAACACAAGCAGCAGAAACUUUCAUAAAAAGAGUGGAGAGUCUGCAGCUCCACUAUGAUCUAGAGCUCUGCCACCUUCGAGCCAGCACAGAUCUUGCUGAACUCCAAAUGCGAAGGAGGUCUUGGCAACAGAAGCUGAAUGCUGAAGUUCAGCAAACCACUUUGCAGUUAAUUGUUAACAUCUUCAGGGAGGUGAAAGACCACCUAAAUUAUGAACACAGAGUGUUUAACAGUGAAGAAUUUCUGAAAACAAGGGCAACUGGAGACCAGCCAUUUUACAAAAAGGUUUUAGAGACCUACAUGUUUCACUCUUUUCUUAAGGCUCGUCUGAACAGAAAAAUGGAUGCUUUUGCUCGACUUGACUUGAGUACCCAGUCUGAAGAAGACAGAUUAAACUUGAUGUUUCAUACCCCAAGAAGACUGACUAUGGAGAAGAUGGCUUCUAAACAACUUAAUCCCCAGUACAAGAUCAGCAGGCGUAUGGUGAUCAGUAUGCCUAAUUUGCAAGAUAUCAAACUGCCAGAGGGCCCUACUAGAAAUUCCUCACUUCGAAGAAUAGAAACAGAUGUUGCUGUGAAAAUGCCCUCCAAAUCAGUCAGUAUGUUCAAAAUACCAGAAAUUCACUUUCCCCUCAUGUUCCAGAGUGUACACUCCUACUAUACAGACUUCUUCAACCACCUCAGCAAAGCUAUAAAUACUUUACCACCUGAUAAUUCAGCAUUGCUGGCAAGGUACUUUUACCUCCGGGGACUUAUUAGCUUGAUGCAAGGGAAACUACUAAAUGCACUUUCUGACUUUCAGAACCUAGAUAAAACAGACUUAAGAAUUUUCCCCACUGAUCUUGUAAGAAAAAUAGUGGAAACCAUGCCUCCUUCUGAGCGCUCGCAAGCAGACCGCAAACCUGAGCUGAAGAAGCUGAUAAGUCGAGUGAUGGAAAAGCAGAGAGAAGUUAUGAAAACAGAUGACCAUGUGAAAAACUUUGAGCUGCCAAAAACACACAUGCAGCUGGAUGAUUUUGUGAAGAGAAUCCAGGAAUCUGGGAUUGUCAAAGAUACAGACACCAUACAUCGGUUAUUUGAUGCCUUAACAGUAGGCCAUCAGAAACAAAUCGAUCCUGAAACGUUCAGAGAUUUCUACAACUACUGGAAGGAAACUGAAGCAGAAGCUCAAGAGGUGAAUCUGCCACCAACUGUAAUAGACCAUCUAGAUAAAAAUGAGUGUGUCUACAAGCUAUCCUGCUCUGUGAAAACCAACUAUGGGGUAGGAAAAAUUGCUCUGACCCAAAAGCGCUUGUUCCUUUUGACUGAAGGAGGACGUCCUGGCUAUGUCCAGAUUGCUGCUUUCAGGGAUAUAGAGGAUGUGAAGAGCACAACUGUAGCUUUCCUUCUUUUGAGAAUACCUACUCUGAGGAUUAAAACAUUGUCUAAAAAAGAAGUCUUUGAAGCUAACUUGAAAACUGAGUGUGAUCUCUGGCACCUGAUAGUGAAAGAAAUGUGGGCUGGAAAGAAAAUGGCAGAUGAUCACAAGGAUCCUCAGUAUAUUCAGCAAGCUCUGACAAAUGUUCUCCUGAUGGAUGCUGUGGUUGGAGCCCUGCAGUCCUCCAAAGCCAUAUAUGCAGCCUCUAAACUGUCUUAUUUUGACAGGAUGAAAAAUGAAGUGCCUAUGAUGGUCCCCAAAACAACUUCAGAGACAUUAAAGCACAAGAUCAACCCCUCAGCUGGUGAGACAUUUCCACAGGCAAUAGAUGUCUUGCUUUAUACUCCAGGGCAUCUUGACCCUUCAGAAAGAUUUGGCAAUGCUCAUCCCAAACUCUGGUGUGCUUUAAAUGAGGGGAAAGUGGUGGUCUUCGAUGCAUCCACCUGGUCUAUUCAACAGCACUGUUUCAGAAUGGGUCACUCCAAACUGACUUGUAUGAUCAUGGUAGAGCAGAGUCAAGUGUGGAUUGGUUCUCAAGACUCCAUUAUUUAUAUAAUCAACACCCACAGCAUGUCAUGUAACAAGCAGCUAAAUGAUCAUCGCUCUGAUGUUACAGACAUCGUUGUGGAGAAGAAGAAUGGAGUACCCAGUGAGGCAUAUUCAAGCAGUUUAGAUGGAACAGUGAUUGCUUGGAACAUCAGCACCCUGAAAGUCAACCAUGUCUUUCAGCUGCCCUGCCAAAAUCUCACUUCUCUCAAGCUUCAUAAUGACCAGCUGUGGUGCUGUACUGGAAGCUGCAUACUUGUGGUGUCUACCUAUGAAUUUCACAUACAGAUGAAAAUUGAGCACCACCUGAAGGAUGUCCCUUCCUAUUUUCUCUGCUUCCAGCUCUUCCCUGAGAGAGAUGAAGUGUGGGCAUCUUACUCAGGCAGCAGUGACCUCUAUGUUUGGAACAUCAGAGACUUCACAAAUACACCCCAAAAGAUUCAUCUGCAAGAUUGCUCAGAGAUCACUUGUAUGAUAAGAGUGAAAAAUCAGGUGUGGGUUGGCAGCAGCGGGAGGUCCCAGGGGAAGAGCAAAGGGAAGAUUUACGUGGUGAGUGCUGAGAAGAAGUCGGUGGAGAAGGAGCUGUGGGGCCACGGGGCCACGGUGAGGGCUCUGUGCUCAGCUGAGGACAGGUACGUGCUGAGCGGCUCUGGGAAGGAGGAGGGGAAGAUUGCCAUCUGGAAAGCUGAGUAGGGAGCCUCUUCCAAACCCAUCUGACUGUGCCAGAAGAAAGGUGAAGCCCUCGGGCUGUGUUUAUUCCAGAGUUUUGCAUUUAUUUCAGUGUUACCGUGCUGUGUUUAUUGGGUUACUUCAGAUCCUGCCUUGCUGUAAAGAAACUGGAUCCCUCCUCGCAUGCAGCUCCUGCUGCUCCCCUGAUACAGGAUCAGAAAUGUGAAUUAAGGGGUCACUGAGGGCCUCAAACUUGACACCUGGUGAAGGGUUGGAGUUGUGGGUGCUGCAGGUGUGGCACUGAGAGCCCAAAGCUCAGGAAUUCUGCUGUUCUUGGGAAGUGGGAUUGAGAGUUGGCUCGGGGCUGCCUGAAAAGGUGGGAUCUGGUGUUGUCUGACAGCCUGGAAGAGCUGGGAAUGGCCACUGAAAAUUAAAAACUUAAGUGACUUUGUGGGGUAUCUGUGGAGCUACUGGAAAUGCUGAGUAUCUUUCUGAGCUAGCAGCUUGAUUUAGCUGGGAGGACUGUCCCCUACCCUCUGUAUUUAUGGUGCUGUAUUAUUUAAAAAUGUAGACACAGCCUCUCCCUGAUAGCACUGAAAGCUCCCUGCUGCUGAAAUAAGAUACUUGGACGCUCUUAAUGCUGUUUUACUUUUUUUUACUUGUUUUUUUUUUCCCUUACAUACAAGGCACAGCACUUGGCAGUUGUAGCAGUUUGUGAAACUGACCUUUUGUUUUUAAUCUGAAGCACUUAAUUUAUUCAAUUUCUGUAGAUACCACACUUGCUUGUGGAAGCAACCUUUCAGUUCCUGUGCAAACAAACCCCUGCCACUCCUCCCUCAGUCACCAUUUCUGUAAUCAGAGGAGCUGCUCUUCCUUUGUCUAGAACCUGCUUAAUUUUUAAGUACUGCACUUAAAACUCAUCAAAAUACUCCUUAAUGAAGCAAACAUCAUCUCCUUGCAUAGAGGAGUCCCCUGAGCAGCAUUUCCUGAUGACUCCCUCAUGGUUUUUGCACUGGUGACAACUCUUUUCAAACAGAACAAUAAACCUGUGCAGGGCAGCUUUCUCUCUGCUAGUGCUGAGUAAAGUGGAAUACAAUAUUUAAAACGUUGUAAAAAGAAGGCAAAAAUGGGCUGCUGCUUUUGUUCUUCAAUAUAAACCCAUGCAGGCCUAACAGAAGUGUAAAACACUGGAACUAUACUCCAUGUAAUUUUUCCAUGUGCUGAUAAAAGGUUUUAUGACAUGAUAUUAACUGAAAUUUUACCUUUUUGGUUUUUUGUUUUCAUUUUAAGAAUAUUAAACACUAUA